AUGGCUCCUCCAGUUUAUAACAAUAACACCAAAGACAUUUAUCGAAAUGAUUCAGAUGACUGGGCUGUCAUCUGUGAAUUCUGUCUUAAAGCCGUCUUGGCAACCAGACCUCCUUUUUACAAUGAGGUCAAUUGUAGUUGCUCGGAGCUUGGCACUCAUUCUGCUGGCAUUGUCUUGGUCACACAGCAGGAUACCCAAAUGUUGGAGCCAAAGAUUACCGUCUAUGAAGAACCUACUUAUGUAUAUCAACGCCCUAUCCCGGGAUAUGUUUCCUCAUAUAACCAGACUUCAACUCCGCAUGAAGAACUUCUUGUUUGUGAGAGCAGCAACAACUUUCAAAACUUCAACAUGAACUGGAGCAACGAUGAUCUCAGAAAUGGUACCAAAAAUGCAAAAGACCAGCCAUACUCUGUCGAAGGCUACUCGUGGGCUCUCCGUUCCUGGCUGGAGAAAAACGAGUCCUCGUGUACUCUCGCAUCCAAAACCUCUUCAAUGAAGGCGAAGAAGGGAAGCAAGCGAGGUGGAUCCAGUCUUCAUAACUCUGGUAGUAGUUUGGAACUCGAACACAAGGGGUGGGGACCUAAUCCUCUCACAGAGACUGGAGCUUGGACUAGUGAGCAGUAUCAAGAUACGAUUGAGAGCACAUUGGCCAUGAGUGGCAUGAACAAUUCUUGGUCGCGUCAGUUGGUGUAG